CAGCUGCCGGUCGGCAUGGGGGCCGGGGCGCUGGCCAUACGUCAAAGCAAAUCGGCUGUAAGAUUGAAGGAGGACAUGAAAAAAAUAGCUGCACUUCCACUGAGCAAGCAGAGGGACACAACCUGUCCAAAGGUGUUUGGGGUGAGUCUUCUGGAGCUCCAGCAGCAGGGACUGAGCAAGAACGGCAUCCCAAUAGUUGUGUGGAAUAUAGUCGAGUACCUCACUCAGCAUGGUAUGACACAGGAAGGCCUCUUCAGGGUAAAUGGCAGCAUGAAAACGGUAGAACAGUUGCGUCUGCAAUACGAGCGUGGAGAAGAGGUGGAACUUGGUAAAGAUGGGGACGUGUAUUCGGCAGCCAGUCUUUUGAAAUUAUUUUUGAGAGAGUUGCCAGAUGGGAUUAUCACCUCUGCCUUACAUCCCAGAUUCAUUCAACUUUACCAGGACACUAGAAAUGACAUGCAGAAGGAAAGUAACUUGAAAGAACUCCUUCAAGAACUGCCUGAUGCUCAUUACUGCCUGCUGAAGUAUCUGUGCCAGUUCCUGAUAAAGGUUGCUGAACAUCAUGUAGAGAACAGGAUGAACCUUUGCAAUCUUGCCACUGUAUUUGGACCAAACUGCUUUCAUGUGCCCUCUGGAUUUGAAGGUAUAAGAGAACAGGAGAUCUGCAACAAAAUAAUGACCAAAAUGUUGGAAAAUUACAACACCUUGUUUGAAUUGGGAGGUUUGAAGAAGGAUGAAGAAAAGCCUGUAUGUGAAGAGCUAGCAAGAAUGAUUUUAGUAAAAAUGACAAAGUCCACAGUGGAAGGAUCCAGCCAAACGUGCCUAGUGCCACAACCACGCCUGUCAGAUGGAAUACCUCACGUCAGCCUCCGACUAACAGAUGGCAGCUCAUGUUGGAAGGAGAUGGAUAUAGCGGAUGAAAUCUCCUUCAUUAACAGUGAUACAUUUUUCUCCAGCUCCCAAGAAGAUGAGCGACCUAUGUCACCCUUCUAUGUGAGUACCCACAUGUCACAAGUCAGUAGUAACGUUCCUGCUACAGGAGAGUAUUUAGAGAAGACAAUCCGGUCAGCCGUGGAGCAGCAUCUCUUUGAUGUUCAUGGCUCAGGUGGCCAGAGUUCAGAGGACUCUGAAUCGGGAACAUCUUCAGCCUCUUCCAAUGUGUCUGCCAGGCAGAGGAGGCGACAUCACAAAGAGCAGGAGGAAGCCCGGAGAAACAGAGACAUGGAAAUUGUCAACAAAGAAAACAUUCCCUCUGGUUUUGGCAAUCUGGAGGACUGCAUUCUAGCUGCUCCGGAAGUGGACAAAAUGCAAGAAAACAGCUCUGGAUAUUGUAGUGAAAGGAGUAAACCGAAACGGCAGAAAUCCAGCACCAAGCUUUCAGAGCUUUAUGACAACCAGGACAGUCCUGUGAGUAUGGAAAGCUUUAGCUCAUCCAGGCCUAUAGACCGAACAGGACCUGAUGACAUGGAAAUUUUAUCUGAAGAAAGCAAAGAAAGUGAAAAUGAGAUUUUCCUCAGGUGCCCUCAGUUGCCCUCAGGUAUGAAGAUUCAAGAGCAUCCAAACAUUCCUGAAAACAAGUUGCAAAGAAAUCAAGAUGCUGAUGACCAGGAAAACAGCUUUGUGUCAGAAGUGCCUCGGCUGGAUUUGACAGUGCUGUGUGAUGACAAUGACUGGGAAGAGCCCCUUCCUGCUCUCUCCUCAUGGCAGCGAGACGGCUUGGACUCAGAUGAGGCUCGCCUUUCCCCGCAGGCCAGUUGCUUAAUUCGCCAGCUUCUGGAUGAGGACAGUGAUCCUAUGCUGUCCCCUCGUUUCUAUGCCUAUGGACAGAGCCAACAGUACUUGGAUGAUACAGAAGUGCCUCCUUCCCCUCCCAAUUCUCAUUCCUUCAUGAGGAGGCGGAGCUCAUCCUUGGGCUCAUACGAAGAAGACAGAGAGGACCUGACCCCUGCGCAACUUACCCGGAGGAUUCAGGGACUGAAGAAAAAGAUUAGGAGAUUUGAGGACAAAUUUGAAGAGGAGAGAAAAUACAGACCUUCCCACAGUGACAAAGCAGCCAAUCCUGAAGUGCUCAAGUGGACAAAUGAUUUGGCCAAGUUCCGAAAGCAACUUAAAGAGUUCAAACUGAAGCUCUCUGAGGAAGACCUUGGUCCUGUUGUGCGUCAGCGAAGCAACACACUCCCAAAGAGCUUUGGCUCACAGCUUGAAAAGGAUGAUGAGAGGAAGCAAGACAUGUCAGAUAAAUGUGCCAAGCCUGCUGUGGAAGCAACCCUUGAUUCCAUCCAGAAGAAGCUUCAGGAAAAACGAAUGGAGAUAAACCGACCUGAAGAUAUUAAGGACAUGACAAGAGAUGAGAUAGCAGCUGAAAAAGUGGCUCUUCAAAAAGCUUUGCUUUAUUAUGAAAGCAUUCAUGGCAGACCGGUUACCAAAACUGAACGGCAAGUGAUGAAACCAUUGUAUGACAGGUACCGCUUGGUCAAGCAGAUCCUCUCCAGAGCCAACACCAUCCCUAUCAUUGGUUCCCCCUCCAGCAAGCGGAGAAGCCCUUUGCUGCAGCCAAUUAUCGAGGGUGAAACAGCUUCCUUCUUCAAGGAGAUAAAGGAGGAAGAGGAGGGAUCUGAGGAGGACAACAAUGGGAAGCCAGUUUUCACACUUUCCACAGAAACUGACUUCAAGGUGCAUAGCUUCUUGGAUCCACUAGAAGAUGAUGCUGAUGGCUUUGUUUCCCCAGUGGAUGAUAAGAUGCCAUCGAGGAGCAAUCUGGAUAUGGGGCUUUCAAAUCUUCAUGAAGCAUCCAUCCUAGAACUCCUAGACCAGCUCCAAGAAGUCAGGGAAGAGAAAAGGCGCAUCAGGAAAAAGUUGAGAGACUUUGAAGAUAACUUUUUCCGACAACAUGGAAGGAACGUGCAGAAAGAGGACCGCACACCUGUGGCUGAGGAAUACAGUGAAUACAAGCAGAUUAAGGCCAAGCUGAGGCUGCUGGAAGUCCUGAUCAGUAAAAGAGAUAUUAGCUCCAAGGUCAUGUAAAACAGGAGAUUGGUUUUGCCCUUACACCAAGAAGAGUGCAAAUGGACAAAUGCAUGAAGUGGAUGCAGUGGGAGCCUCACUGGGGAGAGCUGAGCUGCUCCCUGGGGCCAUUUUCACAGGCACGAGGGAGACCAAAAGGUAGCUUUCCAUCACCCUGUACACUUGAUAUUGCCCUCUCUUUCUCAAGGCCUGAUGCUCAGGAUGGUGGUUGCCAGGAUAGGA